UAGCCUCUAUAUAGAAAGAAGUUGGGUAAGUACCACAAUUCACCAAUAUCAGACAAAAUCUACAUCGUUGUAUGUUAGUUAGACAUGGCAACCACAGUGAGGCUUGUUUCACUGCUUCUCAUGAACCUUGUAAUUUACAUGAGCAGCACCGCACAAUGUUCCAUAACCAAACACGCAGACCCUAACCCUGCAGAGUUCGUGAAGUUGUCGUGCAGGGCAACACGGUACCCUGUUUUAUGUGUCCACUCGCUGAUGGCCUACGCAGGCGUCAUUCACCGAAGCGACCGGCAACUUGCGAUGACGGCUUUGUCGGUGAGUAUAUCAAGGACCCGAAAAUUCCUGAAGAAGAUGUCGAAAGCGAGAGGCAUGAAGGGUAGGGAGUGGAGAGCGGUGCAAGAUUGUGUGGAGACCAUUGGUGACAGCGUGGAGCGUCUCAAGCAAUCGGUUAGGGAGUUGGGGCGAACGGGGUUGGGGGAAGACUUUGCAUGGCACAUGAGCAACGUCCAGACAUGGGUUAGCGCUGCCUUAACCGACGACAACACUUGUCUCGACGGCUUUGCCGGUUCCGCCAUGAACGGAAACGUGAAGAGCGAUAUAACGGAGAGGGUUGUCCAUGUUGCUCAAGUCACUAGCAACGCUCUCGCCUUGGUUAAUCGCUUUGCUUCCACCCACGCUACUCACUCUCCUUAAUUUGCUCUUUCUCAAAUCCUUUUCCAGCUAUUUCAUAGUUUCUUGUCUUUCUCUUCUCUCUUCCAACGUGACACUCUUCUCCUAGGUCUAUAUAUUUGGUCUUAGGUUGUUUCCCUGUAAUGCAUGUGGUUAAAAAAUGGGUAACGAGUGUGUUUUGUAAUUACGUUUUUCCUUGCAAGUUAACAGUGUGUGUAUGGUGCAUAUAAGAAGUUCCUAUUGAAGAACUGAACCUGUUUUGGCUUAGAAAAAUCUGGUGAUGAUGAAGAAACAGGAAGAGUUCCAGUGCAAAUUUUGUUAUUGUUCAUUAUUCAUUUUUGCAACAAGGUUUCUUCUUUCGUUUUUCCA